GACUGCACACCUCGCAAGUCCAGUGCCGCUGUCAAACAACUGCUCCAACGCUAAGUUCUUUCGGCUGCUCAGCACGUCCGCGUCCUCGCAGUAAUACGGCGAGUUGUCUCUGCCCGUGAUCAUGCCCCCGUCGCCGUCCUCCGCCCUUUUCCAGUCGCAUAACCGACUACGCAGUGCCUAGUGACAAGCUGGAUGCUCGAGCGCGACGCAGACGUCACGCUUUGGAUGAGCGGCUAUAUGCGCAUGUGCAAUUGCACUAGCAAACUCGCCUGAUGUUCCACUAAAUUUGCUGAGCACCCAGGCCAUGGCUCAGUUUUCUUUGCGUUGCCAAGCAGGCAUGAGAAUUAGUGCGGAGACCAACGAUGUAUACACGCGUCAGAAUUGCAGGCUGUUUAACUUCAAGCAGCCCAACCUUCAACACCUUCCGUGUCCGGGGAGCGUAUCCAUGCCAUCGCUUCCUGGCUCGAAUCUCUGCUCGAGCUCUCGCACAAGCUCCACGCCCGACAAGCUGCCGCUCGCUGCUCCUGUGUUUUCUUUGUUCUAUUCUUUGUUGUUCUUGCAUUUUCGCUGUUUUUUUUUUCAUUUUCGUUCUCUAGUGUCUCCUUACUCUUGACUUUGUGUCUUUCCCCUGUCCUUCUCGUCUGUCCGUCUGUCUGUCCGUCUACUGCUAAACGUUACAUGGUAGCUGGCAGCGGCUGAGCGCUGUGAACUUGUAUGAUAUCGCGCGUUGCGCCGUCUAUUGCUCUGAAAUGAUGAAACUACGGU